AUGGGUAACAUUUUUUCUUUCGAGUCUAUUAAUUUAGAACAAUCAAAACAAAUAAAACCCGAUGAUAUUGAGACUUGUGAUAUUUCAAACAAAAAGAAGAAUGGACUUGGUUGUGAAAGGGACGUCAUAAAUCAAGAAAUGGAUCAAGACUGUGCUCAAUUACUCGUACAACCAAUUCCAGUAUUUGUCAUAAAAACUCGCGUGAACGACAUUAAUGGAAAAUCCAAUUUAAGAGUGUUUAUAAACAUUUGUUAUAAUAAUGAAAUUGGAAAAGCAUCAUGCUCCUCUGAUAUUAAUAAAAACGAUUGGUGUAUUCCAAAUUGCAUUUCACCAAGACGUUAUAUAAGUGAUUCGAAAAAUAAUCUAAAUUGCAUUAUUGACGUAGUUUUUCACACCGACUUUGUUCAUUCAACUGCCCUGAGUAAUGAAUUUAAAGAUUUUGUCAAAGAUGCAGCUCUAAAAUCUAUCGAGAAUAGUUAUAAUAUUGUUUUAGAUAGAGACUUCGUUAAAUACUCUAAAAAGAGUGUAUUCGGUGUGGUUAAGCCGAUUAAAAUUGAACCAUUAAAUAACGUUAGCUCUUUUAUUUCUGAUCUUCAAGAUAGUUCCACACAAACACUUGAUUUGGCUGAUCUCGAAGCAACAUCUUCAUUUAUUUCACCGUCGUAUACAAUCAAAUAUCGUUCAGGAGCUAAUAUUCUUGAUGUAAACGAUGAUGAACUGCUUAACUCGAUGCCAACUUUGAAUUUGAAUGAGAUUAUAAUUGAAAUUGAUUUACCAUUACUAGAAGAUUCUAAAAACAUUGACUUAACAAUUUUAAAAAAUGUUUUGAAGUUAGUUUCUACAAGUUCUGCAUGUUAUAAACUAAAUAUUAAUAUACCGAGCUUCGCUUCAGUAGAUAAUGCUACUGGUGUAUUUGAUACUGACGAGAAAAGGCUAACCGUGUGUCUUCCUGUUUUAAUAGCAACUAAAUUCAUAAAUGACAUCGAAACUAAAGGUGUAAUAGAUGAUGUAGAUAAAGAACCUACAAUAGAAAAUACUGAGGAUAAUUACAACGGUACUUGUAAUUUUGAAAGUUCAGUUACAUCAACUUCAGACAAAUUAUUGUCUAAUAAUACGAAUGGUGAAAAUAUGAACUCAUUUGUUGUAACAACCGACUGCAAGGCAAAUAAUGUUUUUAAUGAUGAAAUUUGUCUUGACAAAACUAAUAUGAAAUUCACUGAAAAUAUAACCUUACCGUCGGAAAAUAAUUCUGAAAAAGUAGCUGAUAAAAAUGCAGAAUGA